GAACGGACAGCAACAUCCGGCACCGGUCCGUUUUCGAUCCUCUUCCGAUGGGAAGCCACUUCCGGCACUGUUGCCGCUUGCGCAUGAAGGCCCCGGGCCUUUUUCUUCGCAUACCCGGCGUUUCUCUUCGGAAAAGGGACGCCAAGCCGGAAGAGAAUGGCGACGGCCGCCCUGAAGAGAUUUUGGUCCCGAAACCGUGAAGAGUCUGGUGUCCCAGCGGCCGCGAAGCCGGGCGUGUGGACGCGGUUGGGUUCCUGGGCCCGCGUGCUGCUCCGAGACUACGCCGAGGCCUGCGGGGACGCGGCGGCGGCGGCGCGGGCUCGGCCCUGGCGGGCGGCCGUGUACGCGGGACUGCUGGGCGGCGCGGCGGCCUGCUGCGCGCUGGCGCCGAGCGAGGCGGCCUUCGAGGAGGCGCUGCUCGACGCGUCGGGAACCCUCCUGCUGCUGGCCCCGGCCACGCGCAGCCGUGCCUCGGAGGACUACGUGCAGCGGCUGCUGUGGCUGCGGGGGCGCGGCCGCCUCCGCCACGCGAACCUGGGCCUCUGCGCGCUCGUGUACGAGGCGCCCGUCGACGCUGAGGCCAGCCUCUACCAGGCCCGCUGCCGCUACCUGCAGCCCCGCUGGGUCGACUUCCCGGGCCGGAUCCUGGACGUGGGCUUCGUGGGCCGCUGGUGGGUGCUGGCGGCCCGGAUGCGCGACUGCGACAUCAACGACGAGGAGUUCCAACACCUGCCGGCCCAUCUGCGCGUCGUCGGGCCGCAUCAGCUGCUUUCCGAGACCAACGAGCGGCUCUUUGAUGAGAAGUACAAGCCUGUCGUGCUCACGGACGAUCAGGUGGACCAGGCGCUGUGGGAGGAGCAGGUCUUGCAGAAGGAGAAGAAGGACAAACUCGCCCUGAGCGAGGCCGACUCCCUGGUGCGGUCGGAAGUCCCCAGAUGAGACCCAGGCCUGGGUCGGGAUCGGGCCCCGAGCCCUGGCGGACCGCCUGCCCGGGAUGGCGCAGCGGGUGUGAGCGAGCCUCAGGUGCAGAGUGACUUAAAUAAAUUAUGUGCAGAGUGUUCUUUC